AUGCUCACCACACUCACCGUUGGUGGCGCCCUGGCCAAGCGCCUUGUCCAGGACCCGCCAACAGGCGGAACGCUCCUCCCUUCGUGGAUCGGUUGGCUCUUUUUGGGUGAUGUUGUGCUGUUUCUCCCAAUCCUCUUCGUCAUCGGAUACACCUUUGGACGUGUUUUCCCCGCCCUCGCCGCAGUGGAGGACCCUCUUCCGGCAUACGAGGCUGUGCCCCUGAACGACGACGACACGCCCAAGGAUGACAACGACCCCGUCCACCCCGGCAAGCCCGUCACUGCGUCCAUCCGCGCUACCCAUCGCCUGCUGCGCUCCGUCGGCGGCUGGCUGUCCUACUUCCGCGGUUUCGGCUACGCCGUUGCCAUCAACAUCAUGACAAUCAUGAUAAUAGUGCCCUUCUACCACCUCCUCCCCAUUAUCCCCAUCCGCGUCGUUCACCUGUUCGCUCUCUACAUCCUCACCCCGUGGUACGUCGCCUGGACCCACGUCGUCAUCACGCCGGAGUCAAACACAUCCUUCUUGCGCCGCCUGGUCCCGUUCCGCCGAGCCUUCGUCGCCACCUGGUUCCCGACUUUCCUGUUCUGGGCCGCCACGCACGUGUGCCUGAUUCUACCGUCCCUCCUAGCCGGUGCCAUAGGCCUCGACAUCGAGCUCCGCAACCCGCUCAACCUAGGCCCCGUCGUUACGAAUGUUGAUGUUGGCAAGUCGCUGUGUGUGAUCGGCGUGUUAGUCGCGCUGCAGGCCCUUCUCCUCAUCCCCGCACACACGGCCCUGGUCCGCGUGCAGGCGUCGCUGCUGCCGGCUGACCAGGAUACGAUCGUGCCGUUUGAUCGCUCCUUUGGCGGCCUCGUGGCGCCCGAGGUGGUGACGGGCAAGGGCUUUGCUUCAUUCACUGCCGCAUUGACGACUGUUUCACGGGCGAGCUGGUUGAGGAUCUAUCUGCUGCGCCUCAAGGUGUUUGCGACGUUGGUGGCGAUGUACGUGGUCCUGAUUGCAACCGUGGUGUUGCAGGUGUACUUGUUCAGUGUCAAAUGCGAGUACGGCAAGGACCGCCUGAACCCGCUCAAGUGCACCUAG